CAGUAAAGGUUUCCCGUCUUCUCUAAAGUAUAUCGAACUCGUGUGGUGGUCUUUGUUUACAUAUUUGCCAGCUAGCAUAUCUAGGGAAAGGAUGGACCACGCACAACGAGAUAAGCUGUCAGAACUUGUGGAGGAUUUGACCACCUCAGGAGAACCACAGCUAAACCCUAAUAAACUAACUGAAGUGAAAAAGAUUUGCAAAGUUUCGAUUGACUACAUUGAGCACUUCUACCACCUUAUCAUGACACAGCUGGCAAAGGAGCAUGCAGAGAUACGCCUGUCAGCCUUUCAAAUGGUUAGUGAACUAUUCACCCGCUCACACCACUUCAGGGUCCUGCUUGUAGACAACUUCCAGGAGUUUCUGGACCUGACAGUGGAAACAGACUCAGAUGAACCUCUGCCACCACCAAAAGAGGUAGCCCGAAAACUGAAGACGAUUGCAAUCCAAACUGUGCAAGAAUGGCAAGCCAAAUAUGGAGAAGCCUAUAAGAAACUGGCCUUGGGCUACCACUUUCUGAAGCAGGUUAAAAAGGUGGAUUUCCAUGAUGUUCAGGCCAGAACUCUUGCUGAGAGGAAACGACAGGAAGAGAAGAAGAAAAGACUAGAUCGGAUUUAUAAAGAGAAAGUUGAAAAGGCAGCUAAGGAAAUGGAAGAUGCCAAAGAAGAGAUUGAACAAUGCCUUACAGAGAUAAACAACUCCAUGAAGUUGCUUCUGCCUACAGAGUUUGAAUUUGGGGACCUACACACCCCAACUACACCCAAUCAUUCAAUUGCUUCAUUCACAUCUUUGCCAAAUGGGAAGUCUAGCACCUCCAGUGACAUGGAUGAUCAGCCCUGUUGUAGUAAAGACCUAGGGGAUGAGAGUAAAAACGGGCAUACAGAAACCAGUAUAAGGACAACAGCGGAUGAGGUGGAGGAUUGCAGUGAGGAGGACGAUGAUGAUGAUAUGGAGGGGCUUGUGGAUGAAGAUGCAUUCAUACGCAACACCGGACUCAUCUCUCACAAGUACAGUCUGGACCUAAACCUCUCUACAGAUUUAAAAUUAAAGGAGACAGAGGAGAACGAGGCUGUGGUGAACAUCAUUAAGGAUCUGCACAAACUGAUCAGUACGAAAUACCUGCCGUCUGUCCAAUCCUGGGUUCAGGUUUUCACUAAGGCAGGAGUGCCAGAACCAACCCUCAGACAAGCCAUAGACUUGAAGAAGUCGCUGGAUAGAGCCAUGAAGAAACAUGAAGAGCUGCACAUUGACUACAAGGCUAGGCAGCGCAGAGUGAUGAAAGCGCCAGAGGGCAGCGAUGAUGAUGAUGAUGAUGACGACUUUGAGGAGGUGCCGGAGAAGGAGGGCUUCGAGCCGCACAUUCCAGACCAUCUACGGGUGGAGUAUGGUUUGGAUGCAUCCUCCUCUAACCCUCUGGCUGGUAAGGAGUCCGUCCAGCCUCCAGUGAGGCGUCAUGCGCCAUCAGCCUGUCACAUCCUCUCCAGGCCCAGAAACGGAGCCACUGACGAAGAGCAGGAUCCCACCUGUGCAGCCUCCACACUUCGCCUCUUCAAGCAGCGCCUGCCUCAGGCAACUGCCUCCAGCUCAGGUCAUGUCACAACAUCAGGUGGCUGUUUGGGCCCCACAGACCAGGCAAAUGACCCCAGUGAGGACCGGAAGAAUGCUCCUGUCAUCCCAUUUGGUCUGGACCUCUACUACUGGGGAAAGGAACAACCCACUGCAGGCAAAAUCAUCAAGAACAGUUCCCAGCACCAAUUCUGGGUUCCCAUUGAAGUGGAGGAGGAGGUGGAGAAUAAGGAGCUUGCCGCCCAGAUGAAGUCCCGGUACAUCACCUUUGCUGGCCGAUUCGAGCCUGUCAAGCACAGGUGUAAAGCUCCCAUGCCCAGCGGAGCCCUUUGUGAACGCCAGGACAGAGUCAAGUGUCCUUUCCAUGGGCGGAUAGUCCCACGAGACAACCUGGGAAAACCCACCAAUCCAGAGGACGCUGAGCGCCUUGAGAAAGAGGAGUGGAAACGCAGAGAGGAGCAGCCUGAUUGGCGGGACCCUGAGCUAAUGAGGGACAUUGAGCUUGCCACUGGGGAGGACCUGGGAUCUUCCAAAACCUUUGGGAAGCACAAGAAAGGCAAAGGGAAGCGCAAGAAGUACCCCAACCUCAGUGAUCUCAAGAAGAGCGCCAACACCUCACGGUCCCGAUUAGAGAAGAAAGUUUUCAACCCGAGCUCCAUGAGGCGAGUGACAGACGUCAUGAAUAAAAUGGACAAAUUGAAACAUGCAAAGUUUGCAAACCAAUUUAAUUAUGCACUUAAUUAACAGGAAAGUUGUGGAGGCUGGUUGAUUUUUCUUGCAGAAAUAUGCUUUUUUACAGACAAGUGAUACACUACUGGAGAUUACUCAGGAAAUGUAUACUACAUUUACAUACAUGAAGAGAACUCAAGUGAUUUUCAUACUCAUGAUUUCAGUGUUGAAAACAAGUAAAAAUUGUUAACCGUUAUGAUAUUUAUUGAUCUAUGUUUUACAUGAGCAUAGAUGUGAAGCCAAUGUUUGUCAACAUUUGGCUAUUUAAAGUUGAUGUAUGUAACCUUGUAAUUUUCAAUGAGUGUACUUUCUCAGAAUGGAAGUUGGUGACAGAUGGAUAUUAACAAAUGUUGCACUUCUGUGUGUCUAUGAAUUUUAAAUCACUAUAUGGGUACUGGCAAAUAGUCUCUGGAGAAGAGCUUUGAUUACAAAAAUACAGCCUAUGAAUAUGAAUCAUAUUCACGUAAUAUAUGUUUAAUAUAAUGUAUUUGUUUUGUUCUGAUAUGUUUUUUUAAUAGUAUUUUGGUAAUGCUGAGUGUGAUUGGGCUAGUUUAGUAAAUGUUAGUCUGAAGGAUGUAUAUCCUGUCUUCCAGUGCUGUUGUGAUGUGUUUAUUUCAAAUCGAGACAUCAGCUGAGCAGGUCUGGCUAAAAGAUAUUACCUGUAACAUUUUGACUUUUGAUUGCAUCCGCUGGUCAUUUGGAGCACCAUAAACCAAUUGUUUAAACCGA